AUGCCUUCACGACAGAGUGAGAUUGGACAGAGGGAUAUGCCAUCGGGCGAAUCAGACAGGCGACAGUCGAGGUUGGAGGAAAUUCGAGGGGGGCUAAAUUCGUUGUUUUCGGGACGAUCAAGCGCUGAGGCUAGGAGUCCUUCCCCAGAAAGUCCUAAAGCUCCACGAUUAGUUGGCCUUAGCAAUCUGCCAUCAACGCGAAUCCAUAUUCCGGGCCUUACCAUAAGUCGAAGCUCGACGCGCCGAAACUCUGCCGCUGCUGAACCAAUAUUACCUCGACAUGAAGAACGUCGUCCACCACCUGUCGCGACUCGUUCCAAUAGUAGACUCUCACAAUCCACACAAUUUCCAGCAGUUUCGUCUCCUAUUUCGACAAUACCACCUCGAGUGCGAAGACGAUCGGAGCGCAGGUUUCUUAGUGUAGAUCCUGCUGAGCAGCAUCUAGCCGACUUAGCAGAUAGUGGUAGAAGAAGAAGAAGGGUAACUCCAAGGGGAACGCAAGAAAGUGGAAGAGGGUCUGCGCCAAGAAUCCGGAACAAAAGAAUACGCCAAAAAAUAUUGCAUUCCUUAAUAUCUGGGCUGUUUCUCGUUCUAGUGCUCACGAUAUAUCUUACAUUGGCAUUGUCAAAUAAGGAUGAGAGCCAAGAAUUUCACGUUCUCUUAAUUUUGAUUAUUUUGAUAAUUACUAUCUUCUUCUGCCAUUCUUUAAUUUGCCUUUGUAUGAUGAUCUUAAAACCGCCGAUAGAGGGAGAACCAAAUCCACGACGUCUUCCAUCGAUGGUUGGACCUGGAGGUUAUGCCGAAACCUCAGUCCCUAUACCAGUCGCACUCGCCAGAGAUGAAGAAGCAGCAGGUAUUGAGAGUCAAGCUACGAAAAUGCCUCCUCCAGCUUAUGGAUUAUGGAGAGAGUCGGUGAGGGUUGAUCCAAAUCGGAUUUUCUGGCAAAGAAAUGAAGCAGCAUUAAAUCGUUCCAUCUCUCGAAUAUCCGAACGACCCUCGACAGCUAAUCGUCCCCCGUCAUAUAUGUCUGAUGAUGGCAUUGAUUAUGUAAUCGAGGCAGCACCUCGUUCAACGGUUACGGGAGAAGACGUAUUACCUCGACAUCCAGCUGAUCGAUCGGAAUGGCCUCGUUAA